CCUCAACGCAGCGUCAACAAUAGCAAUGGCAUUCGUUAUUGGCCUUAUUGCAGCAGCCACCCGAAUCCUGUCCAGCGAUGACAGCAGCAGCCCGGGCUACAACGGCAACGGCCAUAGCUACAACAACAAUCGCAGGCACAACAAUGCUCCCCGUGCCGCAUCUGCGGCUGGUCGCCGUGCAGACCGCCGUACGGAUCGAAUCGCGAGCCGGGCCUCGGACGCCGCCACGGCCAUGUCCCCGAUGAGCUCUGGCUCUGGCUCUCGCUCAGCAGCGCCAGCACCUCCACAGCCGACACCGCCUUGUAUGAACCAUGGCGAGGGCCCAGCGCCAAGGGGCGUGUACCAUUCCUCAGAGGCACGGGGGUCCAUGGCCGGCUCUUACAGAGACCAAGUGCCUGCGGGAGCGCCUGAGGGCUACCGAUGGAGGGACGAGCAGAGCUACAACCGGCCGGUGAGCCAAAGAGGCAGAGACAGAGACCUGGGAGCAGGUGCGGGCUCAUCUGUGAAUGACUUGCCGCCCUAUUGA